CCAGACCCUUCCAAUUGUCAAGCAGCAGAAGACAAUUUCUAUCACAAUAACACAGGCCAUUUCACCUUCUGCGAAAAUGGUUCCCGACGUCGAUAUAUUCAUAGGGAAUUACACAAUAAUUGAUCAAGAAGUCUUUGGACUGUGGGUUCAAGGAUAUUCAGUUGUGGAGGCGGUGUCAGUGCUGCAGCAACGAGGGGCCUUAGAAACAUGGGGAGCGUCACACGAACUGCUAACCUCGGAUACCCUAGACCACUAUCGUACGUUUGGGAUGCUGGAAAAACUGCUACUCACUCCUACGAAGUUGGCUGAAGAGUGGACCUUCCAGCUAGAGCCUGCAGUACAGAAAAUGGUCAUUGAAAAGUAUUAUGAGUUUGAUGAUAUUGUCAUUCGAGAGAUCAUUGGAAAGAAAUUAUCAGGUAGAACUCGCAAAGACCUGGAUGAUGUUGCUGAAAAAACAGGUGUUUUGCUACGCUCAUGCAGACGUCAGUUUGACAAUGUGAAAAGGAUAUUCAAGCAAGUAGAUGAAAUGCCAGGUUCCGUGGUGGCAAAUAUCCAGUCGUCAUUUCUCUUACCAAAUGAAUUAGCCAAGAAAUACGCAUCGAUUGUCUUCAUCAUCAACAACAGAUUCGAGACGAGCAAAAGGAAGCUCAACUACCUCACCUUCGAGGAUUUUUCGUUGUGCGCGUCCCUCAUGAUGAACUCCUGGACGACCUCCACUAUCUCGUCCAGCUUCAAUGUCGGUGCAGAUGGCCGUGACGACUCUGACGUGGACCGAGAGUUCCUCAUGGAUCUUAGGGACUUCAAGCUCCUGUUAGAUCGGGAGAAGGAACACAGGAAUAUGACCCUAAGCCACUUGCGGGGGAAGAUCCCUGACCGCAUGUGCACUGAGGUUGAGAAUAACUUCAAGGUCUACUCGAGGGCCAUCAUCAACAUCGGCUGCGCCCUCAACAACACGCGUGAUCUGCGGGACUUCUUUGUUGACACGGUGGAGAAAAUCGUGGACCCGUGUCGGCAGUCGAGAUGGAAGGGGGCCGAGCUGGAGGUGUUCUUGCAGGUCUAUGCCGAUGCGGGGAGUGGGCUUGAUAUUAUGAACAGUGACCACUCCUUACGGAUGACAUGGGAGAGGUACAUGAACACCAUGCGGAUGUGUAUAUGUCAGUUGUACCACUCCUGACAUCACGCCCCUCCGCUGCGCCUGACCCGUACAGCUACUGUGCAGGAAAAGGUCACAUCCGAAUGACCCUUGCUUCAAACAAGGUUGCAAACGAGCUUAGAUUGGUAGAGCAGCCUUAGUCACAUCAAACAAUUUAUCGUCUUUUACUAAUUGCAUGGUAGAUGAUUGCUAAAAGAUUUUUAAGCGCAGGCAUUUUGAAUAGAGGAAAGGAGAGGAUUUGAGGAAGCUUUGGUAAAGGGAUAUGUACAUCAUAAGGAUUUAAAGAAAGAAUGUUCAACUCCUUUUUUUUUUUUACCUGUUUAUUUAAGUAAUUAUUUAUAUAUAUUUUUUUAAGGGGUUGGGGAUAACUUAUUAAACUUUGCAAUAUGCUGAGAGUGUGCCAGUCUCUGAUUAAACUACCAGGUUGAUGAGAGUGUAAUGAGACAUUCAUUAACAUAUUAUGACAGAUUGUAUUUUAGGACUGAAUGAAUUACUUAUCACUCAUUAGCAGCUGUGGUGAGACUAUGUUAAAAAAUAUGCACAAUGCCUGUUCUGUAUUGUGCAAUGUCCAGUGUUGAUUAAUAUUCUUCUAAUAUUUGCCAGGGAGGAGAAUCUAAUACGUUUGGUUAUUUUCAUUUUGGAAUUGAAGGCGUUAAUGAAAUAAAAAUUGGUAUGUGUACGUAUCAUUAUGGUGAGGUUGAGUUUAUUGUGCAUUAUAAAGACAAUAAAUAUUAUUAACUAAUAUCAUCUAUUGUUACAUUAAAAAGACACCAUAUUAAAAAUGAUGUUUUAUAUAGAUACAUAUAAAUAUCUAAUACGAAUGACAAGAUUAUAGGGAAAGUAAAUUGAUUUGUAUUCAUACUAUUAUAUUCCUCAUUUUAUUGUAAAAUUCUUGUACUUUUUAUUUAGUCUUAAGUUAAUUAAUAUAUAUGCAUAUAAAUUCAGUGUGCAGUUGAGGUACUAUAAGUCCUUGUUCUUAAUUAGAGAAAUUUUGAAAGACAUUUACAAAAAUCUGACUUUUGGUUGGUAAUAUGUUCCUUUUGUAUGUGAUAUUCAUGCACAUAUUUUAUUUUCAUGUAUACUAAUACUUAUGUAAAUAACAUAUGUAAAUCUACAUUGUAAAUAGAAAAUACUGCCAUUAAUCCAUUCUGCCAGGUACAUGCACUGUUCACUGUAGUACUGUUUUGUUAAUUUAUUUUACACAUUAAUGGCUUCACAAUUUCUUAAUUGUUCAGGAGUCAGUUACUAGCCCUACUGACGUCAUCUAUUUACCACUUUACUUUAUGGAAAAAAGUCCUUAGUUCUAAUACUGGUGUCAUUAUUAUGAACAGUAUUAUCAUUAUUAUUGAUAUUAUUAUUUCAGUGUUAUUAAC